AUGGCUCCGUCUGCUCAGUCGUCAAAACGAAAGGAACGGCCGUCAGGCUCUUCUCCAGAACCUGCUUCCAAGAGGUCGAAGGCCACUGCGCGUAAAAGCACAGGUGGAUCAGCCCCCCGUGGUGGACAAGGCCAAGGUCCCCCACGAAAGCCUCAUAGGUUCCGUCCUGGAACGGUCGCGUUGCGGGAGAUACGAAAGUAUCAAAAGAGCACGGACCUGUUGCUUCGAAAGCUACCGUUUUCUCGCCUGGUCCGGGAAAUUGCCCUUGAUAUGACCACGGAUUUGAACGACAACUACGACACCGGCCAACUUCGAUGGCAGACUACUGCUUUACUGGCUCUUCAAGAAGCCACGGAGGCUUUUCUGGUCCAUUUGUUUGAGGAUGCUAAUUUGUGUGCACUCCAUGCCAAGCGGGUCACCAUUAUGCAAAGAGACAUCCAACUAGCACGACGGAUACGCGGUCCGUGGGGUGGCAUGGCCUAA